GUGAAAUUGUGUGCCUUCCCUCACUGGAUCUCGUCCUUCCUCUUCUCUCCUCCCGUCGACGACGAGACCGAAACGAAGAAGCAGAGAGCGCGCGAAGUUAGAUUCGACGUUCAGGUUCAGCCAUGGAUUUUUGGAACAAAGCUCGGAAUUUCGCCGAGGAAGCAGCGAAGCGCUCUCAAGAGCUGACUCUGGAAGCUGCAAGGCGUUCCCAAGAGCUCACGAUUGGAUCCUCUAGUUUGUCCGAUAUCGUUUCCGUGACUGCUAAACGCUCCAAGGAAUUCGCUACUGAAGCCUCGAAGCGAGCUGAUCAAAUUAAAGCAGAAGCUGCUAAGCGAGCCGAUCUAAUCAAGCACUUGGUCGGGGGGACUCCGUCGUCUGGCGCUCUUGAGAAGAACGCUUCCGAAGUAGAGAUGCAGGAGGAGGAUUUGCAGAAGUUUGGAAUAAACGAAGAGCUGAGGGACUUUGUCAAAGGCAUCACCAUGAGUACAUUUCGGGAUUUCCCACUCGAAGAUGAUUCACAAGUGUCCAAUAUCCCCACAGUCUCAAACAUUAGUCAGGAUCUAACUGUGUGGCAGACGAAGCAUGCAAGCCUUGUUCUUUCAACUGUCAAGGAAAUUUCUACGUUACGUUAUGAAUUGUGUCCACGCAUUAUGAAAGAGAGAAAAUUCUGGAGGAUUUACUUUUUGCUGGUUAACAGACACAUUGCACCCUAUGAGAAAAAGUACAUGGAGGAUGUCAUGCUGAAAUCAGCUAAACAAGUUGAAGAUGGAAAGAAGGAACCUGAUAAAACUGAAAUAACAUCUAAUUCUCAUGAGAAGAAAAAUGCUCCAACCUUGUCAUCAAGUGAUCAGGAGAAGAAAAAUGCUCCAACCUCCUCAUCAAGUGACCAAGACUUGGACCUAUUUCUUCUUGGGGAUCUUGGAGACAGCGAUGACGGUCCAGAUGAUGGAGAUGAGGGCUUUGAUGAUGAUUUUGACAAAAUGGUUGACAGUUCGGAUGACGAGAAAGACAAAUUGUAGGAGACAGCAGCAGGAGUGUUUUCACAUCAAAUCAUUGCUACUCAUCCAUUUGAAGUCGUCUUUUCCGUUCUUGGUGGCAGAGUUCAGUGGGCUAAAUGAUGAUCCAAUGAAAAACCCAUUUGAAGUCCUCUUCUAUCACUCCACUGAGCAGCAUGUGCACCUGAACCUGUGCAGGAGAAACCGAAGCUUAUAUGUUCAUUAUUUUUUUUCCCUUCUCACACUUGCCACUGAGGGAGGUUCCCAUGUACACAAAUCCUGUAUUAUACUUGGACCUUUGGUUGAUUUUGUACAGCACUCAGCACCUUAGCUUGGCCCUCUUGGUGUAGGAUUAAUAUUUGUUUAAAUUAUAGGUUUAGUUCUUAAACGUUCGAGGUUCUUGAACUUUUAAGUUUAUGUCUA